AUUUUAAGCCUUCUUUUUCUUUCUUUCUUUCUUUCUUUCUUUCUUUCAUUUUUUUUUUUUUUUUUUUUGUAAUUUUGCUUCGUAAUCAACUUCACGCCUCCAACCUCCCCUCCUUAACACUACUCAUCAUCUUUCAAAAUUAUGGUAAAAGGAUGGUCCUUUUGGUUUCUCAAAACAUUAACAAUAAUGCUCUCCUUGCUUUCACAUGGUGCCCGCUUCAUUUCUAUGGAGGAAAAACACUCCCCAUUGUGAUCCAUCAACACUUGGACACCGCCUGAGCAUGGCCUCUGCUUUAUGCUUCAUCAACAUCACUCCAACAAUUCUCAUUUUUGUGCUGCUUUUUUCCCUUCUUGCUUCCACAAUAACUCCAGUGCACUCUUUGCAUAACCGCCCUUCCACAAAUCAAACUGAUUUCCAUCCUCAACAGGAAUUAAACAAGUUGAAGAUGAUAAGGGCUCAUUUGGACAAGAUCAACAAGCCUGCUGUCCACACAAUUCAGAGUCCUGAUGGAGACAUCAUAGAUUGUGUUUUAUCUCACCACCAACCAGCAUUUGACCAUCCAAAGUUGCAAGGCCAAAUACCUUUGGAUCCGCCAGAGAGACCACAAGGACAUAAGCCGCCUAGGACGGAGACAGAGAGCUUCCAAUUAUGGAGUAUGAGCGGGGAAAAUUGUCCUGAAGGAACGGUGCCCAUUAGAAGAACAACUGAGGAAGACAUGCUAAGAGCUACCUCUUUUCAGAUGUUUGGAAAAAAAGUAAGAAAAUGGGUAAGGAGAGAAACAAGCAGCGAUGGGCAUGAGCACGCUGUGGGGUAUGUUACCGGCGAACACUACUUCGGUGCAAAAGCAAGCAUCAAUGUGUGGGCACCUCGAGUCGCCGAUCAAUAUGAAUUCAGCUUAUCGCAAAUGUGGGUCAUCUCCGGCUCCUUCGGUGACGACCUGAACACCAUUGAAGCCGGUUGGCAGGUUAGUCCAGAACUGUAUGGAGACAAUUACCCAAGAUUCUUUACCUACUGGACCUCGGAUGCAUACCAAGCAACCGGGUGUUACAAUUUGCUAUGCUCUGGGUUCGUUCAGACAAAUAACAAAAUUGCAAUUGGAGCAGCAAUUUCUCCGACGUCUUCAUUUGAGGGUGGUCAAUUCGACAUCAGCUUGUUGGUUUGGAAGGAUCCGAAGCAUGGAAAUUGGUGGCUGGAAUUCGGAUCGGGGGUUUUGGUGGGGUAUUGGCCGUCGUUCUUGUUCACCCAUUUACAAGACCAUGCAACAAUGGUGCAAUUCGGAGGAGAGGUGGUGAAUUCAAGUCCGUCGGGAUUCCACACGACGACAGAGAUGGGGAGUGGGCAUUUCGCAGGGGAGGGAUUCGGAAAAGCUUCAUAUUUUCGGAACUUGCAAGUGGUGGAUUGGGAUAACAGCUUAGUUCCAUUAUCAAACCUGGUAGUUUUGGCGGAUCAUCCCAACUGUUAUGACAUUGAAGGCGGGAUCAACACCGUUUGGGGUAACUACUUUUACUACGGUGGACCUGGUCGAAACGACAGAUGUCCUUAGACACUUCACGGGGAUAAAAGGGUAAAUACACUUUUUUUUUUCUUUUCUUUUCUUUUCUUUUUCAAAUUUCUCUCAAAAUCAUUCAAAUUUAUUUGUGGAGGUCAUAGCGAUACCGAUAAAAAGGAAAGGGGUGUUGGAAUGUUUUUGGAAAUUUUUUCAUCUAAUUUGGUCCGUUUCAGUUUUCAGUUUUCAAUUCUUGGAUAUUAAUACAAAAUUCAGUAAUGCAAUGUAAUGUAAUGGGUGAUGAAUUAUUAUAUCACCUUCAUUAUUUAGGACUUUAUAUUUGUAAAUUCCGCCCUAAAACAAAACCCAUAUUAAUUUAAUUCUCUUUUUCCUA